GGUUGCCAUCACGUGGAGGGAUAGGGAAUUAUUGCAUUCAACAUUAAUAAAUAAAUAAAUAAAUAGGUACCUACCUAGGUAGGUAUGCCAACUCGGCAGCGAGGAGUCAAUGCCACUUUGGUUACCUGUUCUACUUGCUGCAUUUUCGUUGCCUUGUUGCUUUACUUGGGCUUCGCACUGCCUAAUUCAGCUCGAUUGGCUACUAUGCGGUCGUGGGCCUCGCUUCUGAUGCCGCUUGUCACGGCAGUGGUUGCUCAGAAUGUCGAUCUGGGAUGGUACCCUCCCAGCAAUACGUCCAUAAAUAAUCUGACUGCCGUCCUCGACAAUCAAGGGGUAUACGGAUUUAUUUUUAACACCUCGGACACUCCUAAGGCCCAGUAUGGCGCGUACAAUUGGUGCAAUAUGCCUCAUGUUCGAAAGUCGGAAUAUGUCAAGCCGGCAGCUGAGUACAAGCUCACAUACGUGGAAGUGAUUCAGAGACAUCACAAGCGGACUCCGUAUGCGAGCAACGCUUUCCCGGUUGAGUCUUACCAUUGGAACUGCGACGACCAAGGUCUCUAUUAUUACGGGAGUCCCUUCGCAGUCGACAGCAGACAGCCCGCGCAUGGCUUCUGGAAAGGUUAUAUCUCGUCCGUCAACCCUUACACGCCGUCGGGUUGGAUAGGGACUUGCCAGUUUCCCCAGAUAACUUCUACCGGGCUUGACGAUUCGUGGGUCCACGGCCAAGAUCUGUACGGGGUUUACCAUGACUUACUCGGAUUUCUACCCGGCAGGGGGGAGGAUUGGCGAAGCAAGGUGACGUAUCGCGUGACCCAGAAUGUGAUUACGAGCCAAGUUGCCGGCAUGUUGAUCAACGGCAUGUGGGGAACGGCCGAUUCCGUACCCCUGAUGAUCCAAGCUGCCGGAGUCGACGGUUUGGAACCUCAAUACACCUGCAGCGUGGGCAGCAGCCUGUUCGGCGCGAUUAAAUCCUCUUCCAACACGCCUUGGCAAAAUCACCUGAAAGCCGCCGCAGACCUGUUCGAAACCUUGGAUAACAUAUCCGGGGUGUCUCCCAGCGACUCUGGCUUCCAUGCCAGUUUCGACCAUUACUUCGAUAAUCUUUCCGCGCGACAAUGUCACGCGAAACCGUUGCCGUGCAAGCUGAUAGACGGGGUUAACUCCACGACGUGUGUCGACCAAACGCUAGCUAACUUCGUGUAUCGCAUGGGACAGUGGGAAUAUUCGCAGAUGUAUCGCGACGCGCCUACGUCGCUAACUGCAUCUUCUACUACGUAUGGCGUCUGGGUUGCCGAGCUGAGCCAACAUCUGCGAGAUGCCAUAGCUAAUAAAGGAGGGCCCAUCUAUUUUCAUAACGUUGCACACGACGGGUCUAUUAGUCGAGUGCUAAGUAUACUACAAAUCGACGUUAUGGUGUGGCCUGGUAUGGGCAGCGAGAUAGUAUUCGAGGUGUAUAAACGAACUGGAAAAGCGACGCCAUUCCCGCCCCCAUGCAAUGGCACGAGUGCUAAGACAAGUACGGCGCAGUGGAUGGGAACGGGGACCGGUGGAUUCUUCAUAAGAGUUCUCUUCGGAGGAAAGACACUGAAGUCCUCGAAUCCCACCCUUGGGUUGCUUGAUAUGAUACCUGUGGAGACCCUGCUCGCAUAUUUCGACGGUUUGGUCGGAGCGGGUGCGAGCCUAGUCGUGAGUAAAUGCAAUGGAACGACACCUGUGUAAUUUUAAUAUCGAAGUAGAAACGUUCCGGGCAACUGGAA